AUGAAGUGGAUACUUGUUCUGAUCUAUUGUGUGGUGAAUUCAUUCCCUUCCCGGGCUGAUGGGCAGGUUCAGUUGACUGUGGAUGUUGCUGGUGAAGCUAAAACCUCCGUGAACAUACGACCAGAUUGUCCACAAGGUGUGUCGUUAAAUGAAAUUUUUCAGCGGAAGAAGAGAGCUGCACCUCCCAUUCGACCAUUUAGUGUUGAAACGGGUCCUGGAAGUGCUCCAAGCGCAUCUGGUUCCAUGGGCAGUAGCGAUUAUUCUACAAUGGUAGGUGAUCAAUCAAGCUUCCAACCAGCUCCUGCUCCGGGACCUGCUUCUGCACGACAACCCGGUGGAGGAAUGGGUAGCAUGGGAAGUGGCGGUUCAGGAGGCAUGGGAGGUAGUGGAUUUGGAGGUAGUGGAAUGGGAGGUGGUGGAAUGGGAGGCAUGAGAGGUGGUGGAAUGGGUGGCCCACCAUUUGGAGGACCAAACGGUGGCAGAGGAUCACGCAAUGAUCGCUACCGUGGUGAGGGCAGAAGAUGUCGAGGACCUAAUUCCAAUGGCCCAGGCUGUAGGAGACAACGAGGUGAUUUUGGACGCAGAGGCCAUCGUAGGCCAAACUACGAUGACUAUGGUGGCGGUGGCUAUGAUCGGGGAAGGCCAGGAUCGAGGGGACCACGAAACCAAAUGAAUCAACGAAUGGGGAAUCCUCGUGGAGCUUCAGGAAGCACCACUGCAUCAAGUGAUGACUACAGCUAUUAA